CUCAUGGAGAAAGCAGAAGGGAGAAAUCAAACGCCCAUCACAGAAUUCAUCCUCCUGGGAUUCGGGAAUCAACCUGGGCUGCAGAAUCUUCUCUUCCUGUUGUUUCUAGUGAUCUAUGUAGUGACCAUGGCUGGGACCAUCCUCAUCGUUGUGCUAGUUGUGACUGAUCAGCACCUUCAAACCCCCAUGUACUUUUUCCUGGGGAACUUGUCCUGCUUGGAGACCUGCUACACCUCUACCAUCCUGCCAAGGAUGCUGGCCAGUCUCCUGACUGGGGACAGAACCAUUUCUGUGGAGGGCUGCAUCACACAAUUGGCUUUAUUUGGUUUUUUAGCAACUACAGAAUAUCUCUUGUCAGUGAUGUCUUACGAUCGCUAUUUAGCCAUAUGCAAACCGCUGCAGUAUGGAGCCCUUAUGAACAGCCAGCUGUGCCUCCAGCUAGCAGCUGGGUCUUGGAUAAGUGGAUUUCUAUCUUGUACAAUAUUAGUGUGUCUCAUGUCAGAGUUAAUUUUCUGUGGCCCCAAUGAAAUGGAUCACUUCUUCUGUGAUCUCACCCCAAUGGUAAAACUCUCAUGCAGUGACACCAGCCAGAUCACACUGUUUAUUUAUAUAUUUUCCUUCCUAAAUAUAGUUCUCCCAUUUCUAUUAACCUUGAUGUCCUAUGUUUGUGUCAUCAGCACCAUCAUGAGUAUCCCUUCCACCACCGGGAGGCAAAAGGCCUUUUCCACCUGCUCCUCUCACCUCAUCAUGGUGACAAUCUUCUAUGGGACCAUAAUGAUUGUGUACAUGCUACCGAAAUCCAGCACCCUGAGAGCCCUGAACAAAGUGUUCUCUGUCUGCUACACAGUCCUGACGCCCCUGGCCAAUCCGCUCAUCUACAGCCUGAGAAACAGAGAGGUCAAGGAGGCCCUGAGAAAUGCUGUCAGGAGAUCUGUGACCCUUACAAGGAAUUCAGAUUAG